AUGGUGAAUGAAUAUGAAUCUCAUAUUGUUGCACGUAAUCAACCUGGUUCAAGUGCAUAUUCAAAAACAGAUUGCUCUAUCUUUAUUCGAGCACCACGACAAGGUAUUUCAUCACGUAUUGAAAAAUUCUUUAAUCAAACAAUAAAUGGUGGUAGUCAUGGUCGUAUUGAAGCAACAAUUAUUGGUUCACCUGAACGUGAAAUAAUUUAG